AUGAGCGUCGUCACAUCACCAAAGACAAGUAAACACAUGAUUGCGGUUGCCAAGUGGACACAGCGCUCGCCUACUGGCCUAAGGGUCGCUGGUUCGCUCCCGGUGCACCCUCAGUUGACCCAGGUUCGAAUAAGCCCAGAGGUUAAUAGCCCAGAGGUUAAUGGCCCAGAGGUUAAUAGCCCAGAGGUUAAUGGCCCAGAGGUUAAUAGUCCAGAGAUAAAUAGUCCAGAGGUAAAUAGCCCAGAGGUAAAUAGUCCAGAGGUUAAUGGCUCAGAGGUUAAUAGUCCAGAGAUAAAUAGUCCAGAGGUAAAUAGCCCAGAGGUAAAUAGCCCAGAGGUUAAUAGCCCAGAUGUAAAUAGCCCAGAGGUUAAUAGUCCAGAGAUAAAUAAUCCAGAGGUUAAUGGCCCAGAGGUAAAUAGUCCAGAGGUAAAUAGUCCAGAGGUUAAUGGCUCAGAGGUUAAUAGUCCAGAGAUAAAUAGUCCAGAGGUAAAUAGCCCAGAGAUAAAUAGCACAGUGGUUAAUAGUCCAGAGGUUAAUAGUCCAGAGAUAAAUAGUCCAGAGGUUAAUAGUCCAGAGAUAAAUAGUCCAGAGGUUAAUAGUCCAGAGAUAAAUAGCACAGUGGUUAUUGGUCCAGAGGUUAAUAGUCCAGAGAUAAAUAGUCCAGAGGUUAAUAGUCCAGAGAUAAAUAUCCCAGAGGUUAAUAGUCCAGAGAUAAAUAGUCCAGAGGUUAAUAGUCCAGAGAUAAAUAUCCCAGAGGUUAAUAGUCCAGAGGUAAAUAGCACAGUGGUUAAUAGUCCAGAGGUUAAUAGUCCAGAGAUAAAUAACACAGAGGUCAAUAGUCCAGAGGUUAAUAGUGCAGAGGUUAAUAGUCCAGAGGGUAAUAGUGCAGAGGUUAAUAGUCCAGAGGUUAAUAGCCCAGAGGUAAAUAGUCCAGAGGUUAAUGGCCCAGAGGUUAAUAGUCCAGAGGUAAAUAGUCCAGAGGUAAAUAGUCCAGAGGUUAAUGGCCCAGAGAUAAAUAGUCCAGAGGUAAAUAGUCCAGAGGUUAAUAGUCCAGAGGUUAAUAGUCCAGAGAUAAAUAGUCCAGAGGUUAAUGGCCCAGAGGUAAAUAGUCCAGAGAUAAAUAGUCCAGAGGUUAAUAGUCCAGAGAUAAAUAGUCCAGAGAUAAAUAGUCCAGAGGUUAAUAGCCCAGAGAUAAAUAGUCCAGAGAUAAAUAGUCCAGAGGUUAAUAGUCCAGAGAUAAAUAGUCCAGAGAUAAAUAGUCCAGAGAUAAAUAGUCCAGAGGUAAAUAGUCCAGAGGUAAAUAGUCCAGAGGUUAAUAGUCCAGAGAUAAAUAGUCCAGAGGUUAAUAGUCCAGAGAUAAAUAGUCCAGAGAUAAAUAGUCCAGAGGUAAAUAGUCCAGAGGUUAAUAGUCCAGAGAUAAAUAGUCCAGAGGUUAAUGGCCCAGAGAUAAAUAGUCCAGAGAUAAAUAGUCCAGAGGUUAACAGUCCAGAGAUAAAUAGUCCAGAGGUUAAUGGCCCAGAGGUAAAUAGUCCAGAGGUUAAUAGUCCAGAGGUAAAUAGUCCAGAGGUUAAUAGCCCAGAGGUAAAAAGUCCAGAGGUUAAUGGCCCAGAGGUUAAUAGUCCAGAGGUAAAUAGUCCAGAGGUAAAUAGUCCAGAGGUUAAUGGCCCAGAGAUAAAUAGUCCAGAGAUAAAUAGUCCAGAGAUAAAUAGUCCAGAGGUUAAUAGUCCAGAGGUUAAUAGUCCAGAGGUUAAUGGCCCAGAGGUAAAUAGUCCAGAGGUUAAUAGUCCAGAGGUAAAUAGUCCAGAGAUAAAUAGUCCAGAGGUUAAUAGUCCAGAGAUAAAUAGUCCAGUGGUUAAUGGCCCAGAGGUAAAUAGUCCAGAGGUUAAUAGUCCAGAGGUAAAUAGUCCAGAGGUUAAUAGCCCAGAGGUAAAUAGUCCAGAGGUUAAUGGCCCAGAGGUUAAUAGUCCAGAGGUAAAUAGUCCAGAGGUAAAUAGUCCAGAGGUUAAUGGCCCAGAGAUAAAUAGUCCAGAGAUAAAUAGUCCAGAGAUAAAUAGUCCAGAGAUAAAUAGUCCAGAGGUAAAUAGUCCAGAGAUAAAUAGUCCAGAGGUUAAUGGCCCAGAGAUAAAUAGUCCAGAGAUAAAUAGUCCAGAGGUUAAUAGUCCAGAGAUAAAUAGUCCAGAGGUUAAUGGCCCAGAGGUAAAUAGUCCAGAGAUAUAUAGUCCAGAGGUUAAUAGUCCAGAGAUAAAUAGUCCAGAGAUAAAUAGUCCAGAGGUUAAUAGUCCAGAGAUAAAUAGUCCAGAGGUUAAUAGCCCAGAGAUAAAUAGUCCAGAGAUAAAUAGUCCAGAGGUUAAUAGUCCAGAGAUAAAUAGUCCAGAGGUUAAUAGCCCAGAGAUAAAUAGUCCAGAGAUAAAUAGUCCAGAGAUAAAUAGUCCAGAGGUUAAUGGCCCAGAGGUUAAUAGUCCAGAGAUAAAUAGUCCAGAGGUUAAUAGUCCAGAGGUUAAUAGUCCAGAGAUAAAUAGUCCAGAGAUAAAUAGUCCAGAGGUUAAUAGUCCAGAGGUUAAUAGUCCAGAGAUAAAUAGUCCAGAGGUUAAUAGUCCAGAGAUAAAUAGUCCAGAGGUUAAUGGCCCAGAGGUUAAGUCCAGAGAUAAUAGUCCAGAGGUUAAUAGUCCAGAGGUUAAUAGUCCAGAGGUUAAUAGUCCAGAGAUAAAUAGUCCAGAGAUAAAUAGUCCAGAGAGGUUAAGUCCAGAGGUUAAUAGUCCAGAGAUAAAUAGUCCAGAGGUUAAUAGUCCAGAGAUAAAUAGUCCAGAGGUUAAUGGCCCAGAGGUUAAUAGUCCAGAGAUAAAUAGUCCAGAGGUUAAUAGUCCAGAGAUAAAUAGUCCAGAGGUUAAUAGUCCAGAGAUAAAUAGUCCAGAGGUUAAUAGUCCAGAGGUAAAUAGUCCAGAGGUCAAUAGUCCAGAGGUUAAUAGUCCAGAGGUAAAUAGCCCAGAGGUUAAUAGUCCAGAGGUUAAUAGUCCAGAGACAAAUAGCCCAGAGGUCAAUAGUCCAGAGGUGCAUAGUCCAGAGGUUAAUAGUCCAGAGGUUAAUAGUCCAGAGGUACAUAGUCCAGAGGUUAAUAGUCCAGAGGUUAAUAGUCCAGAGGUUAAUAGUCCAGUGAUAAAUAGUCCAGAGGUUAAUAGUCCAGAGGUACAUAGUCCAGAGGUUAAUAGUCCAGAGGUUAAUAGUCCAGAGGUUAAUAGUCCAGUGAUAAAUAGUCCAGAGGUUAAUAGUCCAGAGGUUAAUAGUCCAGAGAUAAAUAGCCCAGAGGUUAAUAGUCCAGAGAUAAAUAGCCCAGAGGUUAAUAGCCCAGAGGUUAAUAGUCCAGAGGUUAAUAGCCCAGAGAUAAAUAUAGAAAGUCAGAGGUUAUUAGUCCAGAGAUAA